CCCGCCCGCGGGCCCGCCGGGCACACACACAGGCGCACACACACUCGCACCCGCGCGCACACGCACAGCCAGCCGGCAGCGGCAGCUGCCGCGAUGCUCGCCAGCAGGUCGGGGAAGUUUCCCGCCGGCCUUGGCCGCGGGUCCCGGUGCUCUCAGGUGUAGCGCCCCCGCGCGGCCAGGGCGGCUGGCCGUCUCCAACAUGACCGGCCAGAGCCUGUGGGACUUGUCGGAGGCCAACGUCGAGGAUGGAGAGAUCCGCAUCAACGUAGGUGGCUUCAAGAGGCGGCUGCGUUCGCAUACGCUGCUGCGCUUCCCUGAGACACGUUUGGGCCGCCUGCUGCUCUGCCACUCGCGCGAGGCCAUUCUGGAGCUCUGCGAUGACUAUGACGAUGUCCAACGUGAGUUCUACUUUGACCGCAACCCUGAGCUCUUCCCAUAUGUGCUGCAUUUCUACCACACCGGCAAGCUACAUGUCAUGGCUGAGCUGUGUGUCUUCUCCUUCAGCCAGGAGAUAGAGUACUGGGGCAUCAAUGAGUUCUUCAUCGACUCUUGCUGCAGCUACAGCUACCAUGGCCGCAAAGUGGAGCCUGAACAGGAGAAGUGGGACGAACAGAGCGAUCAGGAGAGCACCACGUCCUCCUUUGAUGAAAUACUAGCCUUCUACAACGAUGCAUCCAAGUUUGAUGGCCAGCCCCUGGGCAACUUCCGCAGGCAGCUGUGGUUGGCACUGGACAACCCGGGCUACUCAGUCCUGAGCAGGGUCUUCAGCGUCCUGUCCAUCCUGGUAGUUUUGGGGUCCAUCAUCACCAUGUGCCUCAAUAGCCUGCCAGAUUUCCAAAUCCCUGACAGCCAGGGCAAUCAUGGUGAGGACCCUCGAUUUGAAAUUGUAGAGCACUUUGGCAUUGCCUGGUUCACAUUUGAAUUGGUGGCCAGGUUUGCUGUGGCCCCUGACUUCCUCAAGUUUUUCAAGAAUGCCCUUAACUUUAUUGACCUUAUGUCCAUUGUCCCCUUUUACAUCACCCUUGUGGUGAACUUGGUGGUGGAGAGCACACCUACUUUGGCCAACUUGGGCAGGGUGGCCCAGGUCCUGAGGCUGAUGCGAAUUUUCCGUAUCUUGAAACUAGCCAGACACUCCACUGGUCUCCGCUCCCUAGGGGCCACCUUGAAAUACAGCUACAAAGAAGUAGGGCUACUCUUACUCUACCUCUCUGUGGGCAUUUCCAUCUUCUCUGUAGUGGCCUACACCAUCGAAAAGGAAGAGAACGAGGGCCUGGCAACCAUCCCUGCUUGCUGGUGGUGGGCUACUGUCAGUAUGACCACUGUGGGGUAUGGAGAUGUGGUCCCAGGGACCACUGCAGGGAAGCUGACUGCCUCUGCCUGCAUUCUGGCAGGUAUCCUGGUGGUGGUACUACCCAUUACCUUGAUCUUCAAUAAGUUCUCCCACUUUUAUCGGCGCCAAAAGCAACUCGAGAGUGCCAUGCGUAGCUGUGACUUUGGAGAUGGGAUGAAGGAGGUCCCUUCUGUCAAUUUAAGGGACUAUUAUGCCCAUAAAGUUAAAUCUCUCAUGGCAAGUCUGACAAACAUGAGCAGGAGCUCACCAAGUGAACUAAGUUUAAAUGAUUCCCUACAUUAGUCAGGAGGACUUGUCAUCCUCAGAUGCAUAUUAUCGAGCUGCCUCACGUGCCUCUGGCACAGUCUUGGCACCUUAGGGUUAUGGCAGGAGUACGCCCAGCCCCAAAGGAGAGCGAUGCAUGGGCUGUGCGCGCCAGGUUGCUUCUGCAGUAUUUAGAAUCAUAUUUAGAGGGUGGUGUGCAAGACACCAUGCCUUUGUACCUUUCAACAAAAUGACACUCACAGGUCUUUGCAUCAUGGGCAUAUAACCUUCACCUUUCUGCCUGAUGAGUACCUAGAAUGCUAAUUUUUCUGUUCAUUGUGUACUCUAUUCUAGUGCUCGUGGUCCAGUACUGUCUGUGAGUUGUUUGUGCUCCUGUUUCUGGAGUUAUGUGAGUUCUGUACAAAGACCUCCCCCUCCCCCAAAUACAUGUUUGUCUAGUGGGAACAAUCAAUGGGAUGAGAUUUUACUCACAUACUUAUGAAAACAAAAUCUCAGUUCUUUAUACACUGCUUUCACUUAGUUUUAAUACCAAAAACAGAGUGUGAAGUUGAGCCCACAUGACAAUUGCAAGUCUGUAAGUCUCUGUAAAUGAUCUGUAGCUCCGUGGUUUGCAUGGAUGCACCGGCCACCUUUAGAACGAUGUAUUCUGAUGUUCAUCUUGUAAAUGUUGCUCUUUAGAGAAUGUUGACUCAGUUAAACAUGUAGUGAAGAGCGACGGUUUUUGUGUUUUUUUUUUUUUUUUGUUUGUUUUUUUUUUAACCCUAAGAAAGAUGUAGGGACAGGAGCUUCAGCUAAACAUAGGCCAAAGUACAGGCUGCUUGAAGAAGUUAGUGUAGGCUGCUAACUUUGUUUCAGGUCAGGCUUAUGUCUUUCAUAGGGUGACCAUGGCUGAAGUUCCUGAUCUAAGUCACUUGACAAACUUUGCUGUGUCUUAGAUAUUAGCAUGUUUUUUUAAAAAUAUUUUUUAAAGGUGUUUAGAAAUAAGGUCAUUGUUGUCUUUCUCUAUUAAAAAGAGGUUUACUGUUGUAUUGUCUCCCUGAGGCCAACAUUGUUGGGUUCCUAGCAAGGGCAGUAGCUUAGAAUUGUUGUCUGCUCUGAAAGCUUAUAAAAUAAGAGCCCUUUUAUUUCCAAGCAGAAUUUACUUAGAAAAUUUUGCUUCUAGGAUAUAGUAUGUAGUGCUGUAGUAUAUAGUAUAUAUGAUGUUUGAGUUUCCUAGGAAUUCCUGAUUUGACAUGGAACUCUGAUGGUGUGGAAGGGGUUCUCAAAAUACAGACAUGCCAAACGGCAGUGCAGGGCUUGCUCAGGAUGGAGAUAUUACAGUUUUCAUUUCUAUUUCAACUGCCUUUUGUUGGGGGAAGGUGAAUCGGGGCCAGAAGGAAAGAGUUGUAAAAUAAAAACCACUGAUUCAUAAAAUGUUAUAUUAAUUGUAAACUUAUUGAGAAGUUUGAUGCUAUUGAAAAAGACCUUUAAAAGUCUAAACUUGUGUUGAAGGUUGACAACAGUUUCCUUCUCAAAAAAAUGCCUUUCCCUGUCUUUGGUUAACUAGCAUGUAACAUUGUGAAGAGGAAAUUGGGCUCCAUUGUAAGAUAGUUCUCCAUUAUCAUCUAGGUAAUCAGAUGGCUCUCCAGUUGGUUUUGUUAUUGUGCAAUCUUUGAAAAAGCUGGAGAUUGCGGGCGUCUAAGCAUGGAGUACAGCAGGCUUUUUAUCUAAGGUGUGGGCCUUUCCUUAAGAGGUCCAUUUUCUGUCUUAGUUGGCUGGGGAUAAUAUGUACUUCUGUGGGUGAUGAGGAUCUUGUCGGAAGGCUUUGUGUACUUGUAGUUGCUAUGCUACUUACCGAGCAGGUGAUUUGUUGGGCGAAUGCUCUAGUUAGUUAUGCCCUUGAAUCCCCGUUUAAAUUAUUCCAAUAGACUGGAGGUUCAGCGGGCAGGGAAACAGCCACCUCCUGGUGCCUGAUGGUCUACUCUCUACAUCUGUUUCUCCAAAGCAUCAGGAAAGAUGAGAUGACUUGGGAGGAACUUGCCACCAAGUCGACAAGCAAGGUUAUUUUUCAUCAUUUAUAUUUGGCAUUGCUGAUGUUUCUAGCACUGGAUGGAUGGCAGGGGGUUCACAAAAUCAUCUCCAGCUGCACUGAGGGCAGGUGAUAGUAUAAACUUAUGAAGACUGCUCAGUUUGCCAAGACUGAUGGUGUUGGGUUACUGUGCAUGGUAUCCAUGGUCACUAUAAAGCUUGUAAAAGGUAGAAACAAGACAGAAUAACUCAGUCACUCUCAUGAGUUGUUUUCUAAACAAGCACUUGUUAAACACCAAAAGAGAGAUUACCCUAGUGGUUACUCUUUGCAGAUGUGAAAGCUAGAAACGUGACUUCACAUUUUGGUAAUGACUUGCAUUUAUUUGGUGCCUUUCAUUGGGGGGAAAUCCCAAAGUGCUUUAGAGACUGUCUUUUUAACAUCUCUUGUAUAUAGAAGUACUUGUAUAAAAUAUUACUUUGCCCAUCAAGGAACUUCAGUCACUUCAGAACAUGAGAAUCUCCUACUAGCAUUGAGUUCUCCACGUGUUGGUUUAGAUGAGGUUAAGAGAGGACAACCCAGCUGGCUUGAACACUGUAUUUAAUUCCCACCAAGGAUGAAGACUGAAUUGUGACCCGAGGAGGAGUAAACUUUCUCUGUCGCAAAGUACCAUCAGAGCAUGACGUUCACAAGUGCUCUCAAUUGGGCUUUGACUGACACAUGUAGGACAUUAUGUGGCAGUUUCUUCUAGUCCCUGAAGCCAGUCAAGGAGGGCCUGAUUGAUUUUCUGCUGUUUCUGGAGUUAAGAAUAUAAAUAUAAGCUGACAUCCUUGGCCAGCAGGCUGUCAGAAUGACCCAUUAACCUCUUUUAAGGGGACACAGCAGAAGCUUCAAAUCACUUAUUUCCAACUGUUGGCUUGAAAGCAGCUUCAUUCCCAACAUUGUUUCAGUGUCCUUGGGACAAAUAUUUAGGUCUGGUUUUUCUCAUAAUAUAUGUGAUGAGCAUUUGAAAGUGCCAGUUGGAAAGUGACACCAUGUCUUUAAUGCACAGAUGUGUACUGUUUACAGGUCUGUGUUUUCUGCCAAACCCCCACACUCCCUGGGUUUGCUAUUGAGGGGCAUGUUGUAAUGCCGAGCUUUGUAGCUCAUAAGGUAGUAAUUGGUAUUUAAUACUUGGAUUUGUUAUUCCUACUUAUCAUAGUGUUCAAAUAAUUGAACUACCUGCUAAUUCUUGACUCAUUUCAAAGAAAAUGAUUUGUUAUGCACUUUGGGAUAACAGUGAUCUGUACAGGCUGUGUUAUCUGCUUGAAGGCUUAACUGGUAUUUCUUGUAUGUUUUAACAGCAUGACUUGUUACAGAGUUGUAAUUUAAAAAAUUGAGAACGCUGUUAUUUGUGAUGUCAGUUUAA